GGGUGUCGUCCGUUCUGUUUUAAGAGAACCGAUAAGACCUCUCCGCCACCUUGGUCUCUGUCUCUCUCUAUAUAAACAAACCGGAAGGGGGCGAGUGUUGUAUCUCGAGUAUCUUUGGGCUGUUCGUUUGGAUUUGGAUGCAUGGCGAUUUCGAUGGGGACGUUGGGAUCGAUCGGUGCUUCUUCGUCGGCGAGCUGGGUAGGGGGGCGGACUACCUGGGGGAGGAGGAAGGGGGCGGAGAGGGGGGUGUGGUGCUCCGCCGCUGCCGUCGGGAGCUUGAGGGAGCAGUACCGGACGCUGAGGAUUGAGCCCGGCGCCUCCGAGAAGGAGGUCAAGAAGGCUUUCCGCCAGCUCGCUCUACAGUACCAUCCGGACGUGUGCAAAGGUGGCAAUUGCCGUGUCCAGUUCCACCGGAUUAAUGAAGCCUAUGAUAUUGUGAUUAGCAGUUUGAGAGAAGCCGAGGAGGAAGGAGGCGAGCAAUGGGAAUCACAGGAGUGGAGCGAGGACGGCUAUGGGGACGAGCCAAUGAGGGGAAUGUGUGACGCAAGCUGGGACUUGUGGGAGGAAUGGAUGGGGUGGGAGGGGGCUGGCAUCAGGGACUACUCUUCCCACAUCAACCCCUACAUCUGAGCAAUUCCCUCCUUCUGAUCUUCUCUAGGCUUCCUUCAUGAAGACAAUGUACAUAGUCUCUCUCAUUUGGAAUUUUCAGCAAUUGUGGAUGUAAUAUGUAAAUAAUUUAUAAUUUACACCCUCCCUACCUUUCCUAAUUGUAGGGUGGGAAGGGUUUAUAUUAUUUCAACAUUUGUCCUUCACUUGUUUGAUCCAAUGGAGAUGCAGCUUGAGGUGGGGAUCCAUAGUCUAA